GGAGCGCCAUCUUUUUACUUUCCAGACAAAUUUUCUAUUGGCAUCGCGUGUUUUGUUCGUUUUACAGGAUUGCGCAAGUAAUUAAAAAUGGACAGCACAUCAUCCGUUAACUCAGCUCGCUGUGGAAAGCGUCUUGAAUUUGGUAGCUCUCCGGAUAUUUGUUUCAUUUUCCCGAACCAUGGCGGCGCCAUUAUUACUGCGGAAAAGUUUGCGUUGGCGAAGAAGAGUGAACUGUUCGAGAAGCAAUUUCCUCCAUCGCGCAAUGAGAUCGAUGCAACCAGCGAGCGUGUUGCAAUCACGGAGAUAUCUGUCGACACGUUCGCCAAGUUUGUCAAGCAUAUUUAUGGAACAGCCAUCGAUAUUGACGAGGAAAAUUAUCUGGAGCUCCUGUACGCUUCCACCAAGUACUUCGUGGAUGAUCUGACGCACAUGAUUGUGGAGUUUCUCAAAGGAUUCUUGGACUCCGGAAAUGUGGUUCAACACUUCGAAUUCAUAGAGAAGUUCAACAUCAAAAUGCUGAAUGACUACAUGAAGCGGCUUUUCGUCAAGUUUCCUCUAGAUGUGAUCAAAAGUCUGACAAUAUCUGCGCCUCACAAGCGAAUUCUAAAGAUGAUCUUGAAAUCACCGUUUCUUCCGGUCUCUGAAUUCGAUCUGUACAAGGCCAUCUUGAAGAUGAAAUGUUUGGAGCAGAACGUUGUCCAUCAUGGGGAGAGGCUGAGGAAGGAUCUCGGGAAGCUGAUCUAUUUGAUCAGAUUCCCAUGCAUGACUGUCAAGGAGCUGAUCUCCUGUGGAGAGACGCCGACUCUGCUGACGCACAAGGAGUUGGUUGACUUUCUUCUGUGGGUGGAGAAGGAUCAAUACUCAGAUACUAUUCGAUCCUUUUCUACUGACAACAGGAUUCAGGUGGUGCUUUCGAGCAACCUUGCCCUUUGUACGCAAUGUAGAGCUGCUCACAAGUUGGAAAAGUUCCAGUGCACUGAGUGUAGUAAGGACUUUUGAAAUGCGUUCGUACUAGGAUCAUAUGAAUCCUUGAUGUUGGCAAAAUAUCGAUUUUUGUAGGAGGAUGAUGAAUUUUUUGUCAUAACUAUUUGAAAUACGACAUUUUUUCACAUAAAACCUAAUUAUGAUGUUUCAGGUGAGAAGUAUCACAUGAUUUAUAUGAAGUAUACUAAUUAUAAUGAAUUUGAGUUCAGUUAAAUAAAUGUAGUGUUGAAUAAUGUUCUGAAGUCACGCUACGUAAACCUGAAGUAUAUUAAACUUAAAUAGCUGAAAUACGUACCUAUAAUCUUUAUUGAUAAUUGAAAUAAUUCUUUUCCUAUCCGUAUAAAUAUUGAAUUUCAUGCACUGCAAUCAUCAAUACUAUGUGUAAAUUAUUUCCAACGAGGAAAUAUGUUUUCUCGUCAGAAGAGGUGAAUUUGCGAGAAAGAAAGUUGAAAACAUCCAGAAUAAAUUUUUGCCAGAGCAC